AUGGAUGUGGGGCACGUUCGGGCGGCGCCGUCAGCGAAGCGAUCGUUACGUGCGGACGACUCGGCUUCUUUUUCGCCGCGAUUACCAGGCGUUUUCAGUGGCGCACCGCUGACGCGGCGCGUUUGCAAGAAAGACAUCCAAGCGGAGACUGUUCGUGCGGAAGCACAUUCCGUUGAUAUCACGCCGCUUCUUGAGCCGCGUCUCGUUGCAGGGCUUGGUUGCCCUGAGUCUGAACGAUGGAGUAUUCAGCGCCUAACAUACCGCGGCUAUCGCAUCGAGGACCUGAGCGCGAGAGCUACAUUCGAAGAAGUCGCGUUUCUCCUGCUUAAUGGUCAUCUUCCAACUAAGGCCGAACUCGAAGGCCAGCAUCAGGAACUUGUUAAAGCUCGUCGACUCCCUGCCGCUCUCAAAGUUUGUCUGGAGUGCUGCCCCAAAAAUGCACAUCCCAUGGACGUUUUGAGGACAGGGUGCUCGCUGAUGGGCAUGUUAGAGCAAGAAACGGAACCGCUAGUGCGGCUGGCUAAAAUAGGCCUCAGGCUAAUUGGUAUGUACAGUAGCAUGCUGCUGUACUGGUACCACUACGCUCACCACGGCAUAAGGAUCUGCGAAGAGACAGAUCCAAACGACUCGAUUGCCGCUCAUUUCCUCAAAUUGUUGAAUUUUCAGAAUCCUUUCUACAAACCUCAUCCCCUCGAAACGCGAGCUGUUGACGUGUCCCUUAUCCUUUACGCGGAGCAUGACUUCAAUGCUUCGACUUUCGCGGCGCGCGUGACAGCAGCGACGCAGUCAGACAUUCACAGCGCAAUCUGCAGCGCAAUCAACACGCUCAAGGGACCCUUACACGGAGGCGCGAACGAGGCCGCUAUGCGGUUUCUAGAAACGAUUCGAGACUGCGAACACGCCGACCAAGUGCUGGAGAGCAUGUGGAAGCGCAAAGAGAGAAUCAUGGGCUUCGGGCAUCGGCUAUAUAAAAGUGGAGACCCGCGCUCGCCGAUAAUGAUGAAGCUCGCGCAGAACCUCUCCCAGCUCGCGCCGAAGAAGGAUCCGAAGCUCGUCAAGAUCGCACAGCACAUCGAAAAACGCAUGAAGGAAGAAAAGCGGCUCCCUGCAAACGUCGACUUCCCGUGCGCAGUGACUUACCGGCAGUGCGGCAUUCCAACAGAGUUGUACACGCCACUGUUUGUGAUCGCGCGGACAGCAGGGUGGACUGCGCACGUCAUGGAGCAGCGCGCGAGUAACCGACUCAUUCGGCCUGUCUCUCUCUACGUGGGGCCGCCUGUGCGUUCAUUUUCUUCUCUCGACGAGCGCGAAGGAAAGUGCAGUCUCUCAGGGCAGCACUGCGGCGCCCGAAGUCGGCUCUAG